AUGCAUCGAAAUUCCGCUCUGUAUUGCCCCAAGGCAAAUGGAGCUGUUGAGGCGGCUAACAGGAACAUAAAAAAGAUACUUCGUAAGAUGGUGCAAGGUUCUAGGCAAUGGCAUGAAAAGUUGACUUUUGCUAUGCUAGGUUAUCGCACUACUGUUCGCACUUCAGUAGGUGCUACUCCUUAUUUGCUGGUAUAUGGGACUAAAGCAGUUAUACCCGCGGAAGUCAAGAUUCCAUCCCUUCGAAUUGUCGCUGAAGCUGAAACUAAUGAUGAUGAGUGGGUCAAAACUCGAUUGGAGCAGUUGAAUAUAGAAGGCAAAUAUGUAGAUAUGGCUGUCAAUUCUGAUGCAGUCAAGAGAUAUUAUGGACCCUACCAUGAAGAAAGCAUGGCUCAGAGGCAAGAAAUUCUGUUUAGGAUCCUCCAGGAAGAGAGCAUGGCUCAGAUAAGUUCAUUCUCGGCUGUUCAGGACCCUCCUGAAUAA